CGACGCGCUGCUGCUGUGCCGCGGGCGGGCGCUUCUAAGGGGCGGAAGCCGGGCCGGAGGAAGGACCGACCCGAGCCCAGAGUGGCUGGAUUGGGAUCAUGGACAGAGACCAGUGCACGGCGUCGGGCCCUGCCCUGCGGCGGUGGCUGCUGCUGGGAGCCGUGACGGUGGGGCUCCUGGCCCAGAGCGUCCUGGCGGGUGUGAAGAAGUUUGAUGUGCCCUGUGGCGGGAGAGACUGCAGUGGCGGCUGUCAGUGCUACCCUGAGAAAGGAGGGCGGGGUCAACCAGGGCCAGUGGGCCCCCAGGGGUACACCGGACCCCCAGGGUUACAAGGAUUCCCAGGACUGCAAGGCCGCAAAGGCGACAAGGGGGACAGAGGCGCUCCCGGGAUCACAGGACCAAAAGGAGAUGUGGGAGCAAGAGGUGUUUCUGGAUUCCCUGGUGCUGAUGGAAUUCCCGGACAUCCUGGGCAAGGUGGACCCAGAGGACCACCUGGCUAUGACGGCUGCAACGGGACAAGGGGAGACGUGGGCCAGCAGGGGCCCUCCGGCCCUGGGGGCUUCCCUGGACCUCCUGGGCCCCUAGGACCCAAAGGGCAGAAAGGUGAACCUUAUGCGCUGUCUAGAGAGGACCGCGACAGGUACAGGGGUGAACCGGGAGACCCUGGACAGGGUGGUUUCCAGGGGCCUCCCGGCCGCCCUGGGCCUGUGGGACCAAUGGGUCCAGUUGGAGCUCCAGGAAGACCAGGACCGCCUGGACCCCCUGGACCGAAAGGACAGCCAGGCAACAGAGGACUUGGUUUUUAUGGAGAAAAGGGGGAAAAGGGUGAAGUAGGACAGCCAGGACCCAACGGGAUCCCAUCAGACAUCGAGCAUGUAGUCGGGCCCACGAAAGAAACGAUCCACAAACGCCAAUAUCAGGGUGAAAAAGGAAGUGAGGGGGAAAUCGGAACAAAAGGCAUUGGCUUGAAGGGAGAAGAAGGAAUCAUGGGCUUUCCAGGACUGCGGGGUUCCCCUGGCUUCCAAGGCGAAAAAGGCUCACAAGGACCGAAAGGAAACAGAGGACUGGAUGGCCACUAUGGUCCUGAUGGACCCCAAGGACCCAAGGGAGAAGUAGGUGACCGAGGCUCCCCAGGCCCACCUGCCUACUCCCCCCAUCCUUCUCUAGCUAAAGGUGGCAGAGGUGACCCAGGAUUUCCAGGGACCCAUGGGGACUCAGGAAUGCGGGGUCCUCCGGGAGACCCUGGUCCACCAGGUCCCCCCGGCACGCCCAUCAGAGAUGAAGAUGGGAGAAGAGGCUUACCGGGUGAAAUGGGACCCAAAGGCUUCAUGGGCGACCCAGGCAUCCCUGCACGAUACCCCGGCCCACCAGGAACUGAUGGAAAGCCAGGGUACCAAGGACUCCCAGGGCCUGCCGGACCCCCUGGACCAGAUGGUUUCCUUUUUGGCCUUAAAGGAACACCAGGAGAGGCGGGCUUUCCUGGGUCUCCUGGUUUCCCCGGGGCGCGCGGACAGAAAGGAUGGAAAGGUGAUGAAGGGGACUGUAAAUGUGACGAUCAGUUCCUUGGGGGUCUCCCGGGGCUGCCAGGACCGAGGGGCUUCCCAGGCACCAGUGGGGAGCCCGGGACAAAAGGACUCCAAGGAGACCCUGGCCAUCACGGCAUCCCUGGGUUCCCAGGGUUCAAGGGAGGCCCUGGUGACGUUGGACCUCCUGGACCCAAAGGAAUAAAGGGAGAUUCGAGAAUGAUCACCACCAAAGGUGAGAAGGGACUGCCCGGUGUCCCAGGUGUGCCUGGUCUGAAAGGUGACGAUGGCUCCCAGGGGCGUGAUGGACUCGAUGGAUUCCCAGGCCUUCCAGGCCCUCCGGGCGAUGGCAUCAAAGGCCCCCCAGGGGACACAGGCUAUCCAGGAGCACCGGGCACCAAGGGCAUUCCAGGAGAAAGGGGUCCUCCAGGAUUGGGCUUGCCAGGCCCCAAGGGCGAGCGUGGUUUCCCCGGAGAUGCCGGAUUACCUGGAACACCAGGCCUCCCCGGCCCUCGUGGCCCUCCGGGCCCUCCAGGACAAAUAGAUUGUGAUACAGGCGUGAAAAGGCCCAUCGGAGGUGACGGACAGGACGUCGUCCAGCCAGGUUGCAUUGGAGGGCCCAAGGGAUCACCAGGCCAGCCAGGACCCCCAGGACCCAUAGGUUUUAAAGGCUUCAGAGGGGUACCAGGAUUCUCAGGAGCUGAUGGACCACCAGGACUCAAGGGUCUCCCAGGAGAUCCAGGUCGUGAAGGGUUCCCGGGACCCCCAGGGUUCAUAGGGCCCCGUGGAUCCAAAGGUGUGGCAGGCCCCCCUGGCCUGGAUGGAUUCCCAGGUUCCAGCGGCCUACCAGGACCAGUCGGGCCCCCAGGAGACAAGGGUAUUCCUGGCGAAGUCCUGGGAGCCCAGCCUGGACCCCGGGGAGAUGCUGGACUGCCUGGACACCCUGGACUGAAAGGCCUUCCCGGAGACAGAGGCCCACCUGGAUUCAGGGGAAGCCAAGGAAUGCCAGGAAUGCCAGGCCUGAAGGGUCACCCCGGCUUCCCAGGACCUUUAGGACAACCAGGACUGCCCGGGCCACCAGGACAGCAUGGCUUCCCUGGCGCUCCUGGCCAGGAGGGGCCCUUAGGGCUGCCAGGCACCAUCGGCCGUGAGGGUCUGCCUGGAGAAAGAGGGAACCCAGGUGACACUGGUGUCCCUGGCCCUUUGGGCAUGAAAGGUGUCCCUGGUGAUAGAGGCGACCCUGGUUUGUUGGGCGAGAGAGGUCCUCAAGGAAAUCCUGGCUUUAUAGGAAUUGACGGAAUGCCUGGUAUCCCCGGGCCUAAAGGGGGUCGAGGUUCACCCGGGAUGGAUGGUUUCCAAGGUAUGCUUGGGCAACAAGGAAGACCCGGGCUUCCAGGACACAAAGGAGAGCGCGGGCUGCUCGGCGUUCCAGGGCUGAGGGGGCCGGCUGGUGUGCCCGGCGGGAAAGGAAACCGAGGGGAACCAGGCCCCCCAGGACCGCCUCCCAUCAUCAAGCCAGGAAUGAAAGACAUGAAAGGAGACAAAGGAGAUAAGGGACCUAUGGGAUUGAAGGGCUACCUCGGCCUAAAAGGUGUUCCAGGAAUGCCGGGGAUCCCCGGGCUGUCGGGCAUCCCUGGGUUGCCUGGGCAGCCUGGCUACAUCAAAGGAGUCAAAGGAGACAUCGGAGUUCCCGGCGUGCCUGGUUUACCAGGAUUCCCUGGUGUGCCGGGUUCCCCCGGAAUUGCAGGAUUUCCAGGCUUCGUAGGAAGUAGGGGUGACAAGGGCGCUCCGGGGAGAGCAGGUCUUUAUGGCGAGAGCGGCCCCACAGGUGACUUUGGUGAUAUUGGAGACACUAUAAAUUUACCAGGAAGCCCGGGCCUGAAGGGGGAACAGGGCCCCAUUGGGAUACCAGGUCUAAAGGGAUUAUUUGGAGCGAAAGGAACAACAGGUGACAUCGGCUUCCCCGGGAUAACAGGCCUAGCAGGAGCCCAAGGCCCUCCGGGACUGACAGGGCAAGCAGGCUUUCCAGGACAGGCAGGCGUGCCGGGGCCACAGGGAGACCCUGGCCGGGCCGGAGUGCCCGGCACCAAAGGAGAUUAUGGCUGGCCAGGUGUUCCAGGCUUACCAGGUGUACCGGGCAGCCGAGGCAUCGGUGGGUUACACGGCUUACCAGGCACCAAAGGCUUUCCAGGAUCCCCAGGUGCAGACAUGCAUGGAGACCCAGGUUUCCCAGGUCCUGCUGGGGACAGGGGUGAGGCAGGAGAGGCCAACACCCUUCCAGGCCCUACAGGAGCCCCAGGACAAAAAGGAGAGCAAGGAGUUCCAGGGGAAAGAGGCCCAUCUGGGAGUCCAGGACUUCAAGGGUACCCAGGCUUCACACCCACUUCCAACAUCUCUGGGCUGCCUGGUGAUCGAGGUGCAGCAGGGCUAUUUGGCCCGAAAGGUUAUGCGGGCCCCAUGGGGCCACCUGGGCCUCCUGCUCUUCCUGGAAGCAAAGGCGAUGAGGGGUUCCCAGGAGCGCCAGGAAACCCAGGCACCAAAGGAUGGGUUGGGGACCCUGGACCCCAGGGUCGGCCUGGCGUGUUCGGUGUCCCAGGAGAAAAAGGGCCCAGAGGUGAGCAAGGAUUCAUGGGAAACAUAGGAAUCCCCGGAAGUGUGGGCGACCGAGGCCCGAAGGGACCCAAAGGAGACCGAGGCUUCCCCGGUACCCCCGGUCCUAUGGGAUCCCCAGGAAUUGUAGGAAUCCCUCAGAGGAUUACUAUCCAGCCCGGGCCAGUGGGUCCGCAGGGAAGGAGAGGCCCCCCAGGGACACACGGAGAGAUGGGACCCCAGGGUCCCCCGGGAGACCCAGGUUUCCGCGGGGCUCCAGGAAAGGCGGGGCUCCCGGGAAGAGGCGGUGUGUCUGCCAUUCCCGGAUUCCGAGGUGACCAGGGGCCCCUGGGGCACCAGGGGCCAACUGGCCAGGAAGGGGAGCCAGGCCGCCCCGGGACCCCCGGCCUGCCCGGCAUGCCUGGCCGCAGCGUCAGCAUUGGCUACCUCCUGGUGAAGCACAGCCAGACAGACCAGGAGCCCAUGUGCCCUGUGGGCAUGAACAAGCUCUGGAGUGGAUACAGCCUGCUGUACUUUGAAGGCCAGGAGAAAGCCCACAACCAGGACCUGGGGCUGGCGGGCUCCUGCCUGGCUCGGUUCAGCACCAUGCCCUUCCUGUACUGCAACCCCGGGGACGUCUGCUACUAUGCCAGCCGGAAUGACAAGUCCUACUGGCUCUCCACCACUGCCCCACUGCCUAUGAUGCCUGUGGCCGAGGAGGAAAUCAAGCCCUACAUCAGCCGCUGCUCGGUGUGCGAGGCCCCGGCCGUGGCCAUUGCGGUCCACAGUCAAGACGUCUCCAUCCCCCACUGCCCAGCCGGAUGGCGGAGUUUGUGGAUCGGAUAUUCCUUCCUCAUGCACACGGCCGCAGGCGAUGAAGGUGGUGGCCAGUCGCUGGUGUCGCCAGGCAGCUGUCUGGAGGACUUCCGCGCCACGCCUUUCAUCGAGUGCAACGGAGGCCGUGGAACCUGCCACUACUUCGCCAACAAGUACAGCUUUUGGCUCACCACCAUCCCCGAGCAGAGCUUCCAAGGCUCGCCCUCCUCCGACACGCUCAAGGCAGGGCUCAUCCGGACGCACAUCAGCCGCUGCCAGGUGUGCAUGAAGAACCUGUGACGCGCGGGGCCACGGGCGCCGCCCCCCGGACGCACGUCUCUGCAGGCCGACACUCAGCUGGGGUCACUUUGGUGCUUCUUCUUAACUUAUUACCUCAGGUGCUGACCCAAAGAUUGAUUUCAUUUCUUUUCUGUAAAAACAAAAAGGCCACCAAAGGAAUUCAGCACCAGCAUUUAUACCAAAUAGGCACUUGUCAUUCAUUCAUAGGUGCUAGCCACUGUCUCCACUCCGCAGAAGGAAGCCCUCCCUCCUCUGACAUCUCCGAAAUGGAAAACUGCUAACAGCCCUGCACUCCCCAUCCGGUCACACUAGACUAUUAUGCGCUCGGUGUAACUAACUUCUUAACAUGUACCUCUAUAAUACCACACUUUCAAGCCCCGCAGAAAACCCACUUAUUUAACUCACUUACAGGGGCAGUAUAAAUAAAUGAAGCCAUGCAGCCCGAGGGCUCCUGAACUUUUUGCCAGUUUCCACAUGAGAGUCUCCUGGGCAUGGGCCCGACCCUGCAACAGUAUGAUCUCCCAAAUACUCACCCCUCACGGCCAAAAAGAUACUGGUAGUCAACGCCAGCUGUCAUUCUUUCCACCACAUCCUUACAGACCAUUGGGUCUGGCAAACCUCAUCUAGAGACAAAGACCUUCUGACUGUCGUCAGCCAGGCUACUUGACAGCAGACCCUGUGCGGUCAGAACUGAUGUUCCCACUGCCCCCAGGCCGCCCUGGAGACUUACCCUCUCUUUAAUUGUGGUAAAUUGUACUCCCAUGACUAAGUAUGUCCUCUAUAAUGACAGUAAAAUAAAAGUUGGUUUUGAACAUUUUUAUACCCCCAGUUGUUGACU